AUGAAUGAAGUGUUGACACCAUUAGAACGUGCAUUACGACAACAAUCAGAAGAUAUUAUUAAAUCAUUUAUGAUAAUUGGGGCACCAGUUUCAAAUAAUUUUUUUCCUACAAGUGAGCAAGAAGUUUUAUAUAAAUACCCAAACGAUUUAACAAUAUCUGACAAAGUAAUAACAUUUUUAAAAAGCCCAACUCCAUUUGAAAGAAUUUCAGUCAAAAAAUAUUUAGAAACUGAAAGAAUGCAUCCAGCUGUAACAAUUUUACCUGGAAGUGGUUUGUCUCAAUUUGCUGUUAUUGUUUCACAUCUUGAACCUGUUUGUAUGCAUUCAACAUUGAUUAAUGGACCAACAGUCUUACCAUCAACAGUAAGUUCUUUUAAUGCGGUUAGAAGGUUUUAUAUUUUUUUAUGUCUUCAACCUCAUGUAAUAUGGUUAGUAAAAGCCCUAAAAAUUAUUAUUGAAUUUGAUUUUGGAAAGAAACUUGCAUUAUUAUCAGGUAAAAAAGAAGAAAGUCAUGAACUUAAAAAAGCAGAUUUAGAAGAACUUAUUAGGUCUCUUAUUACCUCAAAAUCUCCACAACUUGAAUUUCAUAUAGUUCAAACACCAAAUAAACAAACAAAUUAUAAAGAUUAUACUAUUGUUUUAACAAAUUUAUGUAAAAAUAAAAUUAAGAAAGAGAUAAUUGAAAAAUCUUUUCAUUCAUUAAAAGUACGUUAUACAACAAUUUAUCCAUUACCUAAUAUGAUGUUAUUAUGUGAUUUCUCUAUUCCAAUAUUAUUUACUACAUUACCAUUAAAUAUUAUUUUAGAUUUGUUUGAAUCAAUAUUAUUAGAAACUUCUGUUAUAUUAACUUCAACUCGACCAACAUUAUUUACAGCUGGUUGUUUUGGGUUAUUAUCAUUAUUACAUCCUUUAAGUUGGCAAGGAGUAUUUCUUCCAAUGGUUCCACAAAGUCAUAUUGAAUUACUUGAUGUUCCAGUACCUGGAAUAUUUGGUACACAACCUUUAAAAGGAAAUCCAUCCAAUUCGGGAUUACUUGUUAAUAUUGACGCUUUCACUCCUGCAUUAAAUGGAGAAAAGAAAAAACAAAUCCAACAACUUCCCCCAUCAAGAUCUGUUUUACCAGAACAAAUGAGGAAUAGUUUAAUUGCUGCAAUUGAAAUUGUGAUGAAUAAUUGGAAAGGAAAAAUUAAAGGAAAUGAAUGUGAAUUUACAACUGAAAUUAUGAACAUAUUCUGGGUUAGUUUCUUCAAUAAAUUAUUUCAUAACAUUAUUAUAUUAAACUGUGAUACAAUAGAAGAUUUAAAAAAUAACAUUUUUAAACUACCUGAAGAUGAUGAACUUAAUAAAAACUUUUUAAUGAGGUUUAUUCAAACACAACACUUCAACACUUGGUGGUUUUCUCAAUACUUAAAUUAUAAAAAAGAAUGGACUGAAACUGUUUGUGGGAAUAAAUGA